UUCCGACAGUGAAAUGUUUCUGUAACCAUUUUUUGUCCAUUAAAAUUUUGUGUUAUUUUACAAAACGAAAACGAUGAAAUUUAACUUAUUCUUAUACUGGAAUAGGAAGGUGAUAAUGAAUGUUAAUCAAACAGAUUUAUUCAAACUUCUUUUUUCAAAGUGACAAAAUUCCACUCUGCAGAAUACUCUGUGUUUCUAUUCGGGAAGUCUUCUUUGUACAAUCAGUUCGUGGUGGUCGAUCCUUUACAGAAGGGUGACCGUUAGAAGCUAUAGUCAAACGAUGAAAUUUGUGCAUUUGUUUUCAUUUUGUUAUUCGCGUAAGCGGAAGGUAUGCGUGAAAAAAAAACAAUAUAUGAAUAAUAAGAAUGGAGAAUGAUGUGAUGAUUGAGUACAAUGUCAAACGCAGCGAUGUAUAAUUGUCUGUGAAGUUUGUCUUGCCGAAGCAGACGCGUUCCUAUCUUCGACGUGAUCAGAGGUGUAUGGCAAAAAAAAAAUCGCCGAUCACUUAGUGCACUCCGUAAAGAUAUUUAAUGAGAAAUAUAUUCACUAAUGAUGGAUGAAAGAGUUUAAACUGGUGCUUGUGAAUGUCAAUUUAGUCGUCUGGAUCCAAGCGAAUCAAGUGCAUGAACGGAAAUCAUGAAAUCCGUCUAGUUUCGGUUAUUUUUAGGAAAUCAUAUUCUGAAUCGCAGUUAUAUUAGAAACUGUGACCGCCGCAGUUCUGUUGCAUCUCACGGAAUAAUAUAACACUUCGACACUAAUAGAAAUAGAUGCAGAAUGGCCACGGUAAAACAUUCAUAUCAUAAUGCGGUAAAGGAUGAACGGCAGCUUACGGGCAAAAACAAUCUGCAACUGAUCAAACCUUCGUUAAUAUCCGUUUUCGCUAAAGACAUUGAGAACAAGGAUAUCGAAGAAACCUGCAGUUUGUAUGGAUCCGCAGCUGAACUAGCAAAACGUGCUAACAGAAGAAGCGAUCGUAUGCAGUUGACAAUGAGCAUCCUAGCGAAUCUAACUGUAUUAUCGUCUGGAAUGGGACUGGGCUAUUCAGCCAUUACGUUACACUCUCUGACGCGGGAAGAUAAUCCCCUGCGGUUAAAUGCGGAGCAGGCAUCAUGGUUCGCUUCUAUCAGUGCUAUUGCAUGUCCGUUCGGAGGAUUAAUUUCAGGCUACCUGCUAGAUCGAAUUGGACGCAAAUGGACGCUCACACUGAUAAAUAUUCUAUCGAUCGUUUCAUGGGCGCUGAUCGCUGUAUCCAGUAGAACCAACUUCGAGCAGAUGUACACUCAGAUCUUGAUCGCACGUGUAAUCAUAGGGUUGGUAAUCGGCCUAGUCAGUGCUCCCGCAUCGAUCUACUCCGCUGAAAUUGCGACACCACGAAUGCGUGGCCGACUUACGGUGCUUACGUCCCUAGCGAUCGCUUUAGGAAUUUUGAUAAUCUACAGUUUUGGUUACUUCAUUCCGGAAAACUUUCGUCUUGUAGCCGGGAUCGCAUCGGGAUGCUGCGUAGUGUUUCUGCUGCUUUUGCUACCUCUAACGGAGUCUCCGGCGUGGUUAUUGUCCAAACAACGAGAGCAGGAUGCCGAACGCUCGUUAAAAAGAAUUCGAGGCUACGGUAGUUGUCGGAAGGUCGUUCCGGAGAUUGAGCUUGAAUUGGAACGAUUACGCAAUAACAUAGAAGCUCAACGGUUAUCCGGAAAGGAGAGCUUGAUCAACAUAGUAAAGCAACCGCAGGUCUACAAGCCUCUUGGAGUGAUUAUAGGAUUUUUUGGGUUCCAACAGUUCUCUGGCAUUUUUGUGGUAAUUGUUUAUGCAGCGAAAGUAUCUUCUGAGGCAAGUGUUUCGAUCGAUCCUUUCUUAUGCACUGUACUGAUAGGAGUGGCACGAGUUGUUGCUACUGUUUUGGUGGCGUACAUUUUAGACACAUGGGGUCGGAAGCCACCGUCCAUCUUAUCUGGAGUAGGAAUGGCAGCCUGCAUGUUCGGAAUCGCAGCUUGCAUUCACUUUCCCUUACCCGAAGAACUGCGUUGGAUUCCGACAUUUUUAAUGAUCGCCUAUAUUUUCACAAGCACUUUGGGAUUUCUAACCAUGCCCUUUGCAAUGUUAGCGGAACUUUUUCCGCAGAAAAUAAGAGGUCCAGCAUCCGGUGUCAGCGUUUUCUUCACCUAUUUGAUGUCCUUUGUAAUAAUAAAACUAUAUCCGACAAUGGUUGCCAACAUGGGCAGUGCCAAUGUGUUCAUUUUUUAUGGAGUUAUUUCGAUAAUUGGAGUCAUGUAUGUCUACCACAUUGUUCCGGAAACAAAAGGCAAGUCUCUUCAAGAAAUUGAGGAUUACUUCCGCGGGAAAUCGGCUAAUGAUCGAUCGAGCCAGUCAGUAGAGGACGAAUUGUCGGCCUCGUCUCUGUAAGCCUGAAUCCAUGUGAAUGACGAAAUACUCAAAAGAUUACUAUGCUACUUAAUUACCUUAUCGUAUUCAAAAGUGCCAUUUAGUGUAGUUUUAACUAGUCCUUAGUCUCGUCAAAAGUCAGCGAAGAAUGUUUUAAACAUUUUUAAACAACAUUUGUCAUUUUUAGAAUGACUCUUACCGCAAGAAAUUUCACGAUCUAUUUUGCGUUAAAUCAACUCAAUUAUUCAAAUAAUUAUUUUAACUCAUUCAAACAAUAAGCUGAACUAUGUUAGAAAAUUUCUAUAUAUUGUUAGAUAAGUUAGCCGAAACAGUAACUCAUUAUAGUAUGUUUUGAAAACCUUAUUGCUCAGCACGAAUCCGUCACUCAAAAUAGUACCAAGUGCUGUGAUAGUAGCUCUAAUUACACGAACACUAUCUGGAUCUGUGUUAAAAAUAGGGUCUAAAUUGAAGAAUUCAUUUCGUAAUAGACAUCAAACAUUUUAAUUAGGAGUUUUAGUGCAGUUUAACUGGAUAUGCGUGAGGAAAUAAAUUAU